AAGCCGCUUCAAUACUUUGCAAUGGCGGGUAUUUCUACAAUAAAUUCUACUGUAAAUAUUAUUUAAAAACUCCGUAGAGCCGUCUAUACUUCUAUGACAUUUGGAGCAGUAAAUUUAGGCGGACAGCCUCAGGUUCAUUCAUGGAGAAUCUUAAUGUAACAGAACAGUGUAUUAACGAGUCAAAGGUAACAGUUGCUGUCAUGCUGUUUGGCAGCAGCAGUCAGCCGGCCGCCCAGUAAUUGAAACUUUGUAUAGAGUCGGCUAUUGAAAAACGUGGUCAAAUGUUAAUAUUGUUUUCUACUGUUUUGGGAAAGGAAUGUCGCUGUCGCGCUUGACGAACAUUUGAAGGGAGACAGAAUCUGAAAAUUAACCUGUAAUUCUUACAUUCUCGCGUUAUAUUUUCCUUCUCGCCGGUGAACUUGGACGCGAUAAGAGAUGGCGAAUUCACUAUUGCAAACAGUCUUCGUUGUGCUCCUCUUAUCGGCUAGCAUUUUUUACCAAGGAAUAAGUGCCUCAUCUAAGUUAAAUAUCCCCAAAGUUUUACUUCCACUGGCUAGAAGCACCAGAAUCAACUUUACACUGGAAGCGACCGAAGGAUGUUAUCGAUGGUCGUCAAACAGGCCUGAGGUUGCCAGCAUUGAAGCACUAGAUGCUGAUGAUCGGCAUUGUUCCCAGAAGGCCGUUCUUCAGGCACGCUCUACCCAGCCCGCCAGACUGACCAGUAUUAUCUUAGCUGAGGACAUCUUGACUGGUCAGGUCCUGCGCUGUGAUGCAAUCGUGGACGUUAUCAAUGAGAUUCAGAUUGUGUCCACCACACGAGAACUGCACCUGGAAGACUCGCCUUUAGCACUGAAGAUCCAUGCCAUUGACUCAGAGGGCAACACUUUCAGUACCCUGGCCGGCCUGGUGUUUGACUGGACCAUUGUGAAGGAUGCGGAGACAGCCUCCUUUUCUGACGUCUACUCCUCACUACGAGUUCUCAAAUUUUCUGAAUCAACAUACACUCCUAUGAACUACAUCUCUGAGAUGGAGCGGGUUGGAAGACAGGGAGAUAUGAUCUUGGUGUCUGGCAUCAAAACUGGACAUGCGAAGCUGAAAGCCAAGAUUCAAGAACCUCUCUACAAGGACGUAGAUCCAGCAGAGGUGAGACUUCUGAUCCUGGAGAACAUCCUUUUGAACCCUGCGUCCGUCAUCUACCUCCUUGCUGGCACGUCCAUAAGAUAUAAAGUCCAGAAGAUCCGACAAGGAAAACUCACAGAGCUGUCCAUGCCCUGUGACCAGUACGAGCUGAGCCUGAGGAACAGCGUUCUGAGUGGCGGAGAGAACCCGGACCUCCCCGUGGCCACGCUGGAUCAGAGCACAUCCCACGUCCACGCCGUCCAGCUGGGCUACACCAACAUCGUGCUCGAUCACAAGAGCCUUGGUAUGCAGGGGGUUUCGCGUCUCCCCAACAGCACCCUGUACGUCGUGGAGCCAGGAUACUUGGGCUUCAAAAUCAGCCCAGGCGAUGUUUGGGUGCUGGAGACGGGAAGAGUCUAUGAGAUCUUCAUUGAAGUGUUUGAUAAGUCCAGCAACAAAGUUUAUUUGUCUGAUAAUGUCCGGAUAGACACAGUUUUCCCUGAGCAGUACUUUAAGGUGCUGGAAUCUUCUCUGAAUGGAUCGCACCAUCGGGUGCAAGCUGUGAGAAAUGGCCAGGCGGUCAUUGAUGGCAUCCUGAAAUCUGUUGUUGAUCCGGAGGGGGUCAUCCAUGAACUCCCUAACCCAGUGCGCAAUGAACAGGAUGUGGAGAUCUACGACCCCAUAGUCCUCACCCCCAGCAUUCUGACGUUUCCGUGGCAACCCAAAGAGGGGGCGUACCAGUACACUAUUAAGGCUACUGGAGGGAGCGGAAACUUCACUUGGACGUCCUCGAACUCUGCCGUUGCCACGGUGACGGUGAAAGGCGUGAUGACCACCAUAAGUGACAUAGGCAUGAGCGUGAUCUACGCCCGCGACGUGCGAAACUCGCUGCACUUCGGAGACAUGAGGGUGUACGUGGUGGAGCCGGUGGGGAUGGAGUUCAGCGCGUGCGCGGUGGAGGCCCGCGUGGGUGUGGUGCUAGACCUGCCGCUGCGGAUCUUCGGCCUGCUGGACGUGGGGGGGGGCGAGGAGCGCGCCGUGCUCAGCGACUGCUCCCACUUCCAGCUGCAGGUGCAGACGGAGACGCAGGGCGUCUUCCAGAUGCUGGAGGAGAGGCUGAGCCCUGGUAAAGACCACUGUAGCGGGGUCCGUGCCCAGGCGUUGGCGCCCGGCUACACUGGCGUGGUCGUCAGCUACACCCAUGGCAACGUCCACCUGAGCGCCAAGAUCACCAUCGCUGCUUACCCUCCUCUCCGAGCCGUCGACCCAGCCUCUGUGGCCCUGGUGACCUUGGGCUCGUCCAAGGACAUGCUGUUUGAGGGCGGCCCCCGGCCCUGGGUGCUGGAGCCCUCCAGCUUCUUCCAGAACCUGAAGGCCGAGGACCCGUCCAGCGUCAGCCUCGGCCUGUGCGGCCCGGCGACCCGGAGCUACGCCCAGCACUGGGUCCGCGCCACCUGCCGCGCCCUCGGAGAACAGGUGUUGGAGGUGACGGUGGGGAACCAGGCCAGCCUGACCAACCCGUUCCCCGCGGUGGAGCCGGCCGUGGUGAAGUUCAUCUGCGCGCCGCCCUCGCGCCUCACGCUCGCGCCCGUCUACACCAACCCCCGCGUGGACCUGUCCUGCCCGCUGCUGCAGCAGAACAAACAAGUGGUGCCCGUGUCUAAUUACCGUAAUCCUGUGCUGGACUUGGCCCCCUUCGAUCACCAGGGCAGGAAGUUUGAUAACUUCAGCUCUCUGGCCAUCGCCUGGGAGUCCUCCAAAACGUCCCUGGCCAGCAUCGAAGCUUCCAUGCCCAUGGACCUCCAACUGUUUGAGGAUGCCAGUAAACAGACUAAGAUGCACGGUCGUCAGUCCGUCCUUGUCCACCAUGUGUCGGGCAUGGCGUCCAUCUCUGUGACUGCAGUGGGGUAUCAGCCAUCUCACCUCGAUGCUGCUCAAGUCCUUCCUGGGUUCACUCCCCUCACCGCGGUGUCGGCCACUCUUGACCUUCUGCUGGUGGAGGACGUGCGGGUCAGCCCUGACAGUGUCACCAUCUAUAACCACCCUGACGUGCGGGCUGAGCUCACUCUCCGAGAGGGGUCCGGAUUCUUUUUCGUCAAUGCCAGUGUCGGAGGAUUGGUGGAUGUGCUGUACCAAGAUGCCCAACUAACCGCAGAGGUGGUGCCUAAGCAGCCGGGGAGUUUACAGGUCAUGGUUCACGACCUCUGCCUGGCAUUCCCAGCCCCAGCCACAGCCGCCGUCCACAUCUCGGACAUCCUGGAGGUUUAUGUGCGAGUGGUUGACAAGGUGGAGAUUGGAAAGUCUGUGAGAGCAUAUGUGAGAGUACUGGAUGACAAUAAAAAGCCAUUUUUGGCCAAAUAUUUCCCAUUCAUGAACCUGAAACUGAAGGCUGCGUCGUCAAUUAUAAACCUACAAGCUGAAUCCUCUGAAAGGGACACUGCCAUUUUCCUGGUCAAAGGCUUGGCUAUUGGACAGACCAGUGUGUCUGCGGUGGUGUUGGAUAAAAGUGGGAAGAAGAUAUCCUCCGCUCCCCAGACCAUUGAGGUGUUUCCACCAUUCCGGCUCAUUCCGCGGAAAAUGACCCUGAUUAUUGGAGCGAUGAUGCAGAUAACAUCAGAAGGAGGUCCCCAACCUCAGUCAAACAUCCUCUUCUCCAUGGCCAAUGACGACGUUGCCUCGGUCAACAGCGUUGGUCACGUCAAGGGCGUCGCCAUCGGCAACGUCACCGUGACGGGCCUGGUGCAAGCUGUGGAUGCUGAGACCGGGAAGCUUGUCAUAGUUUCACAGGACCAGGUGGAGGUGGAGGUGGUGCAGCUCGCAGGCAUCCGUAUCCGAGCCCCCAUCACCAGGAUGAAGACGGGAACGCUGAUGCCGGCGUAUGUGAUGGGCCUGACAAGCAGCCAGACCCCCUUCUCCUUCGGGAACGCCGUGCCCGGCCUCACCUUCCACUGGUCCGUGACCAAGAGGGACAUCCUGGAAGUGCAGACGCGACAUUCCGAGGCUUCCGUGCAGCUGGGCGCGGAACACAACUUUGCCAUGAGUGUUCUGGGCCGCAUUAAGGGCCGCACGGGGCUGAAGGUGGUGCUCCGGGCCACCAGCCCCAAGGCGGGCCAGUUGGUGGGGAACGCCAAGGAGCUCUCGGAUGAGCUGCAGAUCCAGGUGUAUGACAACCUGCAGAUCGUCAACCCUGCUGUGCAGGUGGAAGAGAUUUUGAUGUCUCCAAACUCCAACAUCAAGCUCCAGACUAACAGGGAUGGAGUUGGUGCUCUCUCCUACCAAGUGCUGGACUGUCCAGACAAAGCAUCACUGAUCCAGGUGGACGACAAGGGCCAUUUAUCAUCCGGAUCGCUCACGGGUACCGCCUCUCUGCAGGUGAACUCCCAGGAGAGCUUCGGUGUCAAUCAGACGCUCAUUCUGGCCGUAAAGGUGGUGCCGGUGUCUUACCUGCGCAUCAGCACAAGUCCGGUCCUACAUACCACCAACCGAGAGAGCCUGUCAGCCAUCCCCCUGGGAACGGUGCUCUCCUUCCAGGUGCACUACCACGACAGCACCGGAGACCUGCUCCACAGCCACAACUCCCAGCUCACCUUCGCCACCAACAGAGACGACCUGGUGCAGGUGGCCAAGGGCCGCAGUAACAGCACGCUGACGGUGCGCACGGUGAACGUGGGGCUGACGCUGCUGGGCGUGUGGGACGCGGAGCAGCCGGCGCUGGCCGACUACCUGGCCCUGCCCGUGCAGCACGCCAUCCACCCCGACGAGGCCCACAGCCUGGUGGUGGGAGACGUGGUGUGUCUGUCCACUCCGCUCGUCAGCGCAGAGGGUCUGACAGGAGCAUGGAGGUCCUCGUCCAGCGGCGUGCUUCAGGUGGACGCCAAGACCGGCGUGGCCGUGGCCAGAGACGCGGGCAGCGUGACGGUCUACUACGAGAUCCCCGGCCAGCUGAGCACGUACCGAGAGGUUGUAGUUGAUGCCGUCACCAAAACCUCCGUCAUGGCUCCUUCAGCACCUGGGAAGGACAGCCGCGAGUCCAGAGUCUUCCUCACCACCAGAGAUCGUGGCACCAACCUCAUAGGCUCGUGUUCGGCCGCGCAGACGGAGCGGAUCCCGGCGCUGCACCCCGAGAGCUCCGUGCGCUGCGUCCUCUCCUUCACCAGCGACGCCAUCGGAUUCUUCGCCCACGAUGUCUUCCACACCGACACCAGCUUCGACACCAGCGCAGGCCUCUACAGCUGUGUGCUGACCCUGCAGCCGGUCACUGACCAGCAGAUCAAGGUGUUGAGCAUGUCCAUGACCAACCUGCUGGUCAAGGCUGGCGUGGAGAGCAGCCACUUCUCGGGCGAGCAGGCCGGAGCCCUGCUUCCUGUCAACCCCGGUCUCUACAGUGACCAGAACGAAUUGAUCCUUAGCAACCAGCACACCUCUGCUGAUGUCACAGUGUACGGAGCCCCUGGUGCCCUUGGAAGCUUGGAGGUCACCUCCAGCUCCCCUGCCAUAGUGGUCAGCGAGAGGGAGGUGUCCCUGACCUACCCAAGCUUCGCCAGGUACACCGUCACCGUGUCCAACCCUCAAGCGGCCUCCUCGGCCAGCAUCUCCGUUAAGAGUCCCUCCAGCGGCCAGACGCUCACCAUACCGGUCACCGUCGUGCACGCGAUGGAAGGCAGCACGCAGUACAGAGUGGGUGCCGCUCCAGGCUCAGACGGCCCAGGCAUCCUGCAGCACUUCAUCGACUCCUACCAAGUGAUGUUUUUCACCCUCUUCUUGCUCCUGGCAGUGACUGCCAUCAUCGUUAUCGUGUGCCAUGCAUUGUUCUCCCCGAGGGAUCAGACUCCACACCCAGCCUUCAUCCAGAGCACGCCUCCCUCAAUCGCCACUCCGACCCACACUGGGUUCCAGAGGAAAUUCAGCCCCUCGGCAGCCAAUAGCAGCCCUCGGCAGCGUACGCCACUGUACUCCACGGAUUACAACAUGCGCUAGAGCUGUGCUGUGCUGUCCCGUGCAGACCCCGGGCAUGUCAGAGUGGAGAGAGAAGUGCCUUACUCACUUAACUCCGAUGACUAUUACAGGGCUGUUUGCUUUAUUUUUUUGUAUCGCAAGUGUAUUGAAUCAUAAACAGAGAGAGAGUGUGUGUGUCUGUGUGUGUGUGUGUGUGUGUGUGUGUGUGUGUAAGUAAGUGAGAAAGUAACUGAAGAAUGGAUUAUGAAAUGCAUGUGCAUGCAUUGUGUGUUGUGUUUGUUUGUUUUAAUUAUUAUUUCUGUGUGUAGCGAUGUGUACAUUUAUAUUAAUUUGUCCAAGAGCUGAAUAUUUUUUGCUACAUUAGCUUUUAUUUAUGUUACAUCGUUGUUUGUUUUCCUGCUUUGCACUGUUUGCUGCGUUGAAUUUUUCCCUUGUGUACCUUUCAGAUUGAAGAAUUAUAAAGAUGAUUAUGUUGUGACACUCAGGAGAAACAGUGACUGUUUGCAGAUGCAGACCUGAAUAACGGUAUUUCUGUCCAAAACUGUGUGUAGCAUUGCCAAGACCAUUGUAUGACCACUGAUUCCAUCCCGUUAAUGUUACGAGACUAUGUCAAAGGUGUCUCAGCAAGUGAACGUUAUAAAAGGCCAGUUGAUCUUUUUUACAUCUUGAUUUCUAAUUUCUAAGCGUUAGUAUUUAAAAGCAUAUAGUGCCUUAAAGGGCAUAUCUCAGACUCACCUCACACCUCCAUAGUAAUGUGAAACACGUGAAAUGUGAGACUGUUUUCAGUUUGGUGCAGUCAGUACAUUCUGACCACAGUUUUGUGAAUUGAACAGUACCUGUGAAACGAGGACAUGUGCUUGUGGAUGUCCGCACUUAAGGAUUCAAAUCAGGUUCGUUUUGAGGCAUUUUAUGAGGCCUUUUGAGACUGCAGCGUCAUUGCAGAAGGAAAUGAAUCACGUCUUCUGUAAUGUAUUUGUGAAAAUGUUAAAAGCUCUGAGUUUUAUUUUUUAUUUUAUUUUUUAUUUUAUUUUAUUUUAUUCUAAGUUGAGGUCAGCAAUAAGGCACUGAGACUUCUCUUCUUCAGUGGGUGAUUGUGAAUGGACAACACUGAUACUGUAGAUCAAAGCAAGUUUAAAAAAAAGAAGAAAUAAUGGGAUUCUUGAAUUUUUGUGAGAUCUUUACAUUUUGGAAUCGUCUAUCUCUGUUUGUUUUUUUGAGAGUAGUUGGCCUCUGUUUGCACUAUCUACUCCAGUCCGUCCUUUGUUUCAGUUGAAGCAAUCGUCUUCAUGCCUUUCACCACAAGAUUUACUGUCGCAAAAAAGUUAUUCAUUUGGAAAUCUUUUGUACAUGUACAUUACUAGAUGCUGCCUGGCUAUGUAUGAUUUGUUAAAUAAAUACUGGUCUUAAUCCA